AUGAUAAACUCUUAAUCUGUACCUAAUCUUCAAAAUUCAAAUGCAUUGCCUAUAAGCGAACCAUCCCUAGAAUAAAUCAAUAAAAAGUAGUAUGGAGAUACCUUAAGAUAAUAAAUUGAACAAAAAAAAAUGAGAGAGUAAUAGGAAAAAAUAUAAGAGCGUCUGAUGGUUCUAUAUAUUAGUUUAAUCAUUAGGAAUUAUAAUUACAAAAUCCAUCAAAUAAUUUAACAAGAGGUGGAGGUGGUGCUCCAUUAAGAGAUUAAUAUGGAAAUAUAACUGUAAAUAAUAAUAGUAUUAUGUUUAGACAACUAGAAGAAAUCCUAUGGAUCCUAAUAUAUCAUCUGCUUAAAUAUUUGGUCCAUAAAUAUCAUCUGUUUAAUUUAAUUAACCUGAUUAUUUGAGUGUUAGUUAAUAUCCUAUUCAACCUCAAAGAAUGGUAUCUACAAAUCAAAGUAUGAUAAAUUUGCCUAUUUAAAAUAAUGUAAGAUAUAUUCAAAAUAUUAAUUAGAGUCAAUUGAGUUAAAUUGGAGAAUAAAUUGCAUAGGCUGAAAAGAGAUAAAAAAAAUUUGUGUUGUAAAGAGAAUUACUUUAAUAAAUUGAUAUCACUGAAAAAAAGAAGUAAGAGGAGAAAUUAAAAAUAAAAAGAGAUAAAGAAUUAGAUGAUUUAAGAAUACUUAGAGAAAGGGAAGAAUAAGAAAGAAGAAUGAAAGAUGAAUUUGGGAUUGAUAAAUUAGAAAAAAGAAAUCUUUAAUAAACUAAUUUUGAUGUAGAUGGUUUAAAAGCUUUAAAACGUUUAGAAAUGUUGAAAUACUAAAAUGAAUUAAUUGAACAAUAAAAUAAAAAAAAUGCUAAAACAGGUGCCAGAUAAAGAACACCUAUUUAAGAAGCUGAAAAAGCUUAUAGAGACUAAAAAAAUGAUAUGAUGUAAUCAAGAAUAGAAUAAAGAAUCAUAAAAGAGUUACCAAUUGAAGUGGAAAAGACUGUUAGAGAUACAAUAAAUGUUGAAUUACAUAGAUUAAGAUAAGAAAUGAAUCUAUAGACAAAUCAAGUAUCAGAAUAAGUAGUUUCAUUAAAAAGCUAAUUAAUGAAGGCGAAUGAGCAUAGACAUUAUAAUGAAGAGUAAAUUAGAAAAUUAAAAGAUGAACUAAGAUCUACUUAAAUUAUAGAUGAAAUUAGAUAAAGAGAAUUAUAUUAAGCAUUUCAAAAUUAAGAAAGAACAAGAUAAAUUAUUGAAUCUGCAUAAAGAUUAUAAACUCCAGAUGUGAUUAAAUAUGCUUUUCCAAGAAGAUAAAAAUUAAAUCAAAAUGAUCCAUUCCUAGUAAGUAAUGAUGAGGUAAAUAAAGAUUUAUAUGGAAUAAUUACUGAUUCUACAUAAAUUCAACCNUUAACAAGAGGUGGAGGUGGUGCUCCAUUAAGAGAUUAAUAUGGAAAUAUAACUGUAAAUAAUAAUAGUAUUAUGUUUAGACAACUAGAAGAAAUCCUAUGGAUCCUAAUAUAUCAUCUGCUUAAAUAUUUGGUCCAUAAAUAUCAUCUGUUUAAUUUAAUUAACCUGAUUAUUUGAGUGUUAGUUAAUAUCCUAUUCAACCUCAAAGAAUGGUAUCUACAAAUCAAAGUAUGAUAAAUUUGCCUAUUUAAAAUAAUGUAAGAUAUAUUCAAAAUAUUAAUUAGAGUCAAUUGAGUUAAAUUGGAGAAUAAAUUGCAUAGGCUGAAAAGAGAUAAAAAAAAUUUGUGUUGUAAAGAGAAUUACUUUAAUAAAUUGAUAUCACUGAAAAAAAGAAGUAAGAGGAGAAAUUAAAAAUAAAAAGAGAUAAAGAAUUAGAUGAUUUAAGAAUACUUAGAGAAAGGGAAGAAUAAGAAAGAAGAAUGAAAGAUGAAUUUGGGAUUGAUAAAUUAGAAAAAAGAAAUCUUUAAUAAACUAAUUUUGAUGUAGAUGGUUUAAAAGCUUUAAAACGUUUAGAAAUGUUGAAAUACUAAAAUGAAUUAAUUGAACAAUAAAAUAAAAAAAAUGCUAAAACAGGUGCCAGAUAAAGAACACCUAUUUAAGAAGCUGAAAAAGCUUAUAGAGACUAAAAAAAUGAUAUGAUGUAAUCAAGAAUAGAAUAAAGAAUCAUAAAAGAGUUACCAAUUGAAGUGGAAAAGACUGUUAGAGAUACAAUAAAUGUUGAAUUACAUAGAUUAAGAUAAGAAAUGAAUCUAUAGACAAAUCAAGUAUCAGAAUAAGUAGUUUCAUUAAAAAGCUAAUUAAUGAAGGCGAAUGAGCAUAGACAUUAUAAUGAAGAGUAAAUUAGAAAAUUAAAAGAUGAACUAAGAUCUACUUAAAUUAUAGAUGAAAUUAGAUAAAGAGAAUUAUAUUAAGCAUUUCAAAAUUAAGAAAGAACAAGAUAAAUUAUUGAAUCUGCAUAAAGAUUAUAAACUCCAGAUGUGAUUAAAUAUGCUUUUCCAAGAAGAUAAAAAUUAAAUCAAAAUGAUCCAUUCCUAGUAAGUAAUGAUGAGGUAAAUAAAGAUUUAUAUGGAAUAAUUACUGAUUCUACAUAAAUUCAACCUACAUCGUUCAAUAAAUAAACUAAAGAAAUGAUUAAUGAAUAAAGAUUAAAUAAUAAUAAAGAGGAUGAUACUAUCCUUAAUUAUAGAUCAGGUUUACAAAUAAAUUAAAAUGAAUUUGAUAUGCCAGAGGAUUAUUAAAAUAGAUCAUAACUCUAUAUUGCUAAAAAUAUUUUGGAUUCAAAGCCAGUUAAUAAUUAUGAUUACUCGAAAAUUGAGAAUAAUUCUAUGAUACCAAAAUAAGACUAUAUCUCUUUGAUCAGCAAUACUCAUCCAUAUUAUAUACAAGAAGAGGAUGAAAUUAAAAAUGUUAUUCAAAAAUAUUCUAGUAUAUUUAUUAUAUCUAUUAUAGGUAAACUUGAAAGAUUAGAGGACAUCGAUCUUUUAUAAUAAAAAAGAGAUUUUAAUCAAAUGGAUUAUGCAUUAUAAGAUUUAUUAGAUUAACAAAGCAUUAAAUUAAAUAAACAUGAAUAUAUCAAUGACCCUAUUGAAUAUAAUGAUUAUUAUUCAACUGAUUAUUAAGAUAAAAAUUUUUAUAUAAAAUGA